AUGGCUACAAUCUCGCCGGCCGUUGCGGCCAGAUAUAACAAAGGCGCCUGCGCUGCCGUCGACGUGACGACGGUGUCCAUUUUCGGCAGCCCAGAUGCUACAACGCCAACGCUAGAGAUGUCCUUUUGUCUCAACUAUCGCCCUAAGGAUGGAUAUUACUUUGCCCCUUUUGGAUCGUCAAAGCCACAGACAAUCUACACGCCUGUCUGGCUGGUAGAAGACCUGCGAGGCUAUCAUAGCGAGGGUUUCGAUGUCUACGGCAUGGACGGCAGGACGCCCUUCACGUUUGCGAUCUACUUCUUUGCCAGAGGCGCUGCAAUCGAAUACACCUACAUCGAUCACUUUAACGCCCAGAAUACCAAUUUUGAUACGAGGAACAUCCACUCCAAGAUGUCGAUGAAUGCAUGUGUGUCCGACGAUGACGAUGAAGCGAGCAGUUUCUGGAUAGAGGAGGAUGCACGCCCCAGCGUGGCUUAUCAGCCGGUCAGCGCAUCGACGGCGGGCAAGUCGCGUCGUCGUCGUCUUUAUCAUUAUCAGGCCUAUCAGGCGCGGGCCUCAGAGCAGCUCAGCCACUGCCAACCAGCCUGUGUCUACUACGGCACAUUUGUGCACAGUCUCGACGUGCUCACGCUCGAGUACCUGAAAGACACUUUGCUUGGCGUUGACGAGCAGGGCGUCAUCAGCUUUGUCGAGCAGGGAGUGAGCAGAGAGGACGUCAAGUCGAGGAUCACCAACAAGGGUAGUCAGUGGCAGGAUGCAAAGAUCGUCAGACUUGCGAGGGGAGACUUUAUCGUGCCUGGCCUGGGCUUAGGACAGCAGCACGAACUGCUCGAUUGGUUGGAACAUAUCACCUUCCCAGCAGAACGAAAGUUCGAGAACCCAGUAUAUGCUCAAAAGGCGUAUGAGGCUGUCGUCACGCGAGUCAUCAAUUCGGGUACCACGACGUGCGCGUACUAUGCUACCUUGCACCUCGAAGCCUCAAAACGACUUGCCAAUGUCUGCUUCGAGAAGGGCCAGCGAGCACUCAUCGGCAAAUGCUGCAUGGACCGUAACAGUCCAACUUGGUACCGUGAGAAAAGCGCGGCCCAAUCUGUGGAGGACACCAAACGUCUCGUCGCUCAUGUACGCGAUAUGUGCUACGAGGCUUCCCAUCCGCUUGACGCGCCUCAAGAACGCAAUCAUGAAGUCCAUCGGACGUCCUCCAUCUCCUCCAAUUCGUCGGCCAGCUCGACUUCCUCUCACUCGUCUGCCUCCUCAAACGGUCAUCACAAGCAUGUCACCCUCUCAAAGUCACAUCGAGAUGCCCGCGCGCUCGUUCAUGCCAUCGUCACGCCUCGAUUUGCCAUCUCAUGCUCAGAUGCUCUGCUCGCGAGCUUGCAAGCGCUGCUCGCUCAAGACAAGACCUUGCGUGUCCAGACGCAUCUGUCAGAGUCGCCAGCAGAAAUCAGCUACACGCGAGAGCUUUUCCCUUUUGCUGAUACAUAUACUCAUGUGUACGAUCACUUUGGCCUCCUCAAAAACAACACCAUCCUGGCGCAUUGCAUUCACUUGGACGAUGCUGAAAUGGAGCUCAUCCGCGCAAAGGGGAGCGGUAUUGCUCACUGCCCUUCGUCCAAUCUCAAUCUGCGCAGCGGCGCCUCUCGCGUUGCCGAGAUGCUGUCAAAAGGCAUGAAAGUGGGUCUAGGCACAGACGUCUCUGGCGGUUUCGGCUUUGGCAUCUUGACAGCUUUGCGAGAAGCAUCGGUCGUCUCGAAGGUCCUUGCAUUCUCAGCGCGCGAUAAUGUCGCAACGACAACGAAAGGGCGGCGAGGUCGCUCGCAAACGCCAAAGGGCGAGGCCAAUAUCCGCGUGACUUCACAAACCGGUAGAUCAACAGUAGAGGCAAGUUCAGACAAAAGUGUUCAAGUUGAAGUGCGGACCGAUGAGGGCGAGGAUAUCAAGGCGACCGCCGAAGCGGCAGACGGGCCUGACUUCCAUCCCGACUUUGCGAAUCGGCAUCUGCCUCUCGAGACACUCUUCUAUCUCGCUACGCUAGGCGGCGCUCAAGUGUGCGCCUUUGACGAACAGAUUGGUAACUUUCUAGUCGGCAAAGACUUUGAUGCUUUGCUCGUUCAGACUGGUCAGAAAGAACCCGACAACGUCGCUCCUGGUGACGUAUCGAGUGCCGAGGAUGCGAUACAGACGACCCCUUCGCCUUAUCCCGAGGGUCUGAAUCCUGCCAUCUUCGUAGAACCGGACGAGUCCAUCGAGACGCUUUUCGAAAAGUUCCUCUUCUGUGGUGAUGAUCGCAACAUCGGUUCCGUCUUUGUACGAGGACGGUGCAUCGGCGGUGCUAGACCGCUGCAGCGCUGA